AUUAAAUAAGAGAUCCCUUACUAUGGAUUAAUAGUGUGAUUAAUUGUAGGAUUUAACCAGAGUCCAUCCAAGUCCUGAUUACGAGGACAGAUGUUACAAAACAUGUUAUUUACGGAGAAAGCACAUGUAAGCUACAUGUGCAGAUUCUUGACCAAGUACCAAUGUCAAAUCUAAUGCCUUCAUAGAAAAGAACAGCUGUUUUUUUUAAAAUCCAAACGAGGACGAUGGCGGUCUUCAAAGAUUUUGCACUUAUAUUUGUAUUUAUUUUGAACUUCAAAGCGCUCGAAGUGGGUGGUAGUUACAAUAUAACAUUCCAUCCAGAAAGCAUCGAAGGACAAGUGGAAAACCAAGACAGAGAUGUGUUCUAUAACUACACGUGUUGCUACAGCAACAAUACGAGUAUUAAUAUCCAGUCUGAGAACACCGGCAUAGUAGACAUUAUCAGGAACCGGACGACAUUGUUCACCGAUGCAGCCAUUGGGUCUGUCAUUCCUUCCUCGUUUACAAUCCGUGGCAACCGCCUCGGAAGAACAACUCUCCGUGUGACAAUUCACCAUGUCCCACCAGAGCAGUCAUGCAGCGAGGGAGGCAAGACACCUUGCAUCACAAAGGGGGAAUUAGUAACCCGAUACCGUGUUGCAAUAAUAAGAGAAGAGCGUGUAGAACAGACUAUCUUUACAGUCGGUCUUGCAAUAAUAGUGAUUAUAUUAACUGUCAUGAUGGGAUGUUCCGUGGAUCUUAAAAUAAUAUGGGAGGUUCUGAAGAAGCCCAUCGCUCCUGCAAUUGGAUUUUUGUGUCAGUUUAUACUGAUGCCAUUGCUUGGGUUCGGUAUAAGCAGACUCUUACGGAUGGAAAGUGGACUGGGACUUGGUUUGUUCGUAGUUUCAUGCAGUCCUGGCGGAGGUGCUAGCAAUAUAUACACCGUGCUUCUCAAUGGAGACCUCGACCUGAGCGUUACAAUGACAUUCAUCAGCAAAAUAGCCGCUCUGGGAAUGAUGCCGUUUUGGAUGUGGGCGCUAGGGCACGUAUAUGUUCAAGAUGCUCAAAUUACCAUUCCAUUUGCAAACAUCGGGUACUCUCUUUUAGCCCUUGUAUUCCCGAUAGGUAUUGGACUACUAAUCAAGCGUUUUUCCCCUAAAGUUGCAGACUUUUUAGCCAAGGGGACAAAAUGGCUCUCUCUUUUCUUUAUUGCAUACGUAUUCUCUUUUGGCAUCUAUGCAAACCUAUAUAUGUAUCGACUUAUGGGUCGCCAACCUGAGGUGAUACUUGCUGGAAUCAUGCUGCCGUGGGUUGCUUAUGGCUUGGCCUUUGCUCUAGCAAUGUUACUUAAGCAGGGUGUUAAGCGAGCAACGACAAUAGCUAUUGAAACAGGGAUACAAGACAUUGCGAUUGCCCUGAUCGUUCUACAGUUUUCCUUUCCAAAUCCUGAGGCUGAUCUAGCAGCGGUAAUGCCCAUAGCGACCGUUAUGUUCACCCCUUUGCCACUUGUUGCAGCAUUUGCUAUCAUAUCUAUUCGAAAGAUAGUUAUAACCCGGGCAAACAAGAGUGAAAUGAGGGACAUCGUUGAGGAUGAGACCAAGUCACAGACAGAAAACAGUUAUUACAUUGAAAAUAGUAAUACCGAAAAGAAAAUACCAUCUAUCUAUUGUGUGACUCCAAUUUGUGAAAACAACAUUACCAAAGACCCAUACGCAUUGGGCAGUAGACUGUGAUGAAUUACUAUGCCCGGGUCACAUUUGCCACGGCGACAUCGCGUUCUAAUAUUUUUAUAGUCAAUAGCAAUCGCAAGGUCCCCGUAAAAUUUUUACUGCCAUAUACUGUAUAUCAGGAGCUUAUACCGAGGCGCCCGUACAGCGUAUUUUGAAUUUGUGGAGCCAGACAUAAAACCUGUGGUUGACACACUGUAUUUGAUGUGAUGACGCAUGCUCGCUUGGGUCGUACCUACGGCGCUCGUAAAAUUUUGAUAAAUAACAAUGCACGCGCAAGACGGUAGAAAUGAAAAAAUAAAUCCGCGUUACAAUUUCUUUAACGGUUGUAGUUCGUGAUUUCGAGGAACUGUUGCCAUACGCUCGCCGUAGAUAGGUAACAAAUAUAGCCUCACAUUUGCUCUAUGGCGUGCGUACAGCGGCCGUAGCUUCACAAAUUUAUAUAGAAAUUAACCCAAAUGCAAACGUUUUCUGUCGUUUUCGGUGGAGCAAUACCCAAG